GAUGUCAGCAAGUGACAUCUUGCUUACUACUAUUCAUGUGAUCACUGAUUGGCCAAUCAGUGAUCACAUGAAAAGUAAUAAGUGAUGGCUGCCGUUCAUGACACAUUGCUUACUACUGUGAUCUCUGUGAUUGGUCACUGUGAUCACAUGGUACAGGGACAAUCACAGCAGCCCUGCAUCAUAUGAUAGCUGUGGUCAAUCACAGCAAUUACAAAAGUAAACAAUGUAUCACGAAUGGAUGCAAA